GGAUUAGAGUGGCCCCAACAGAGUUAAUCUGAACAACAACACGGCGAGGCUGCUAAUUUAGUGUGCAUGCUCAAGGAUGGCAUCCAGUGCCGACACCCAUGUCAAACAGAGCGUGUUGGUUGUUCUGACAGAAAAGUAGGGAGGAAGAGGGGGCAUCUUUCUAUACCCGGUACACUCCUUCCCCAAAUCCUCCUGUAACCCGUUGCCUCGGGGAAUUAAUUCAUAAAUCUGAAGUGUAUGAUCUAUGACUAGGAUGGGAGCUUUCAUCAUGAGCCGCAUGUGCCAAACAAAACUGAAUUCUAGUGACAUUCUCGGCCUACCUUCAGCGGUUGCAGAAAUCCACGGGAACGAGUUCUUCAUAUUCGAGAGACCGAGGUGGAGGAUCGGGACGCCAUGGCGCCAGAGGAAGCAGUAUCAGAAAAGCAGAACUGAUGACUGGAAUGAAGAGAGGUUUAGGACCAUAGGCCCUGGCUACUUACGUUGUAAACACGAUCAUUUCGGUGUUUUUGGAAGCCUACAUUUCAUCGAUUUGUCGAAUUGGAGAUGGAUGAGGCGCAAAAUCGGCAAACGAGGAACGGAGGGACGUCCAGGAAAAAGGAGGGUUGUGCUGCUGAGAUUUGUCCUCCACUCCACAGGAAACAUGCAGGAGGAAAAUUACCACACUCACCUGGGCAUCACGCCAUCAGUUGAGGAACUGAUGUAUUGA